ACACACACACACACACACACACACAGAGCUGAGCAAGAGAUGGCAGCAGAAGCAACAGAACUCAGAUGUCUCCAUCUUCUAUCUGUUAUCAUCAUUGCAAUGGCCAUGCAUGCCAAUUGCAUUGGGGUGAACUGGGGGAAGAUGGGAACGCACCGCCUCCCAGAUGAGAUGAUAGUUCAGAUGCUGAAGGACAAUGGGUUUGACAAGGUAAAGCUGUUUGAUGCUGAUGAGAGCAGCAUGAAAGCUUUGAGUGGGAGUGACCUUGAGGUUAUGGUUGCCAUACCGAACUACAUGUUACAAGCGAUGAGUGAUGAUCCUGGCGUGGCCAGUGACUGGGUUGCAGCGAAUGUGACUAGAUAUAGCUAUCCCGGAGGAGUAAACAUCAAAUAUGUUGCAGUUGGCAAUGAGCCGUUCCUACAGACCUACAAUGGCUCCUUCUUGAAUAUCACUCUGCCAGCUUUGCAAAAUGUUCAGAAAGCCCUUCACAAAGUAGGGCUAGGAAGACAGAUAAAAGUCACCGUCCCCUUCAAUGCUGAUGUCUACAAUUCUCCAUUGUCAAACCCAGUUCCAUCAGCUGGCGAUUUCCGAUCGGAUAUCCGAGAACUCACAAUCCAAAUUGUUGAAUUCCUCUCAGAAAACAACGCACCAUUCACUGUCAACAUCUACCCAUUCCUCAGCCUCUAUGGCAAUGACUACUUCCCCAUGGACUAUGCUUUCUUUGAUGGCACUAACAAGCCCAUCAAGGACGGGAACACCAUCUACAAUAAUGUAUUUGAUGCCAACCUUGAUACCCUCAUCUGGGCCUUGCAGAAAGCUGGAUACCCCGACAUGCCCAUCCUUGUAGGAGAAGUUGGUUGGCCCACGGACGGCGAUAAGCAUGCAAAUGUCGACAACGCCAAGAGAUUUAACCAGGGGUUGCUUCGCCAUGUUUUGAGUGGUGAAGGGACCCCGAUGAGAAGCAGUAAGAUCCAUGUGUAUCUUUUCAGUCUGAUAGAUGAGAAUGCAAAGUCCAUCGACCCCGGAAGCUUCGAACGGCACUGGGGCAUCUUUGAGUUCGAUGGAAAACCCAAGUACGAAUUAGAUCUAUCAGGUCAUGAAGAAAACAAGGCUCUGAGGGCUGCAGAGGGUGUAGAGUACCUACCUAGACGGUGGUGUGUUCUGGACCCAGAUGCAACUGAUCUAGCAAAGCUUCCAGACAGCAUAACUUAUGCCUGCACAUUCUCUGAUUGCACUGCUCUGGGUUACGGAUCUUCUUGUAACCACCUGGGUGUUGAUGGGAAUGCUUCCUAUGCAUUCAACAUGUAUUAUCAGGUGGGGAACCAGCAGACUGUUGACUGUGUUUUUUCAGGAUUGGCAAUGGUGACUGAUCAGGAUCCAACAGAUGGAACUUGCCGGUUUCCAGUAAUGGUUGCGUAUAGUUCCUCCACGACAUGGAAUAGAUUGAGGAAUAAGUUACCAGCAGUAGUUGGGGUGAUCAUGGUGUUCUUUUUCCUGAUAGAAUACCAAAGAGAUGUUGGUGUCUUUGUGUUGUGACACCAAGUAAAUCCUGUAGUGUUUUAUAGAUCGAUUAUCGUUUAGAAAGAUCGUUUGUUUCGAAGUUGACCAGCUUUUGUGUAUUAUGUGCAAAUAAGACCAAUAUUAGGGUGAGCAAUUUUCAA